CCUUGCCUCUGUUGUACCAUAAAAUGAUAUAUUUCGCAAUGAGUUUUGGACGAAGGCAGAAAAUGCCCGGAUUAGAUCAUAAACAACCAUGGAUCCGCAGAGAUGGUGACACUCAAGGUUGUAUAUCAAGUGCAUUUUAGAACAUCGUGUUCAGAAUAAAAGGGAUAUGGAUUGAGCUGGAUGACCGUUCAGCUGAUUGUCAACCACGAACCUUUCUUUGCUUACAUCGGGACAGUAUCUUGCAUGUGGUACUGAAGAGGAGAGGAAAAAGCUUUGUGGUGACCUGCCAGAGGGAUUUCAAGGACCUAGUGAGAGCCCCAAACAACUCCAAACAAGGAGGCCAGAACACAGGGAGACCAUAAAAACAAGGAGAUUGAGACAGAAUCCAGUCCUAGUAAGUGGCAGCCAGCCACCUCCCUCCUGUGGGCCCUACCCACCUCUUGGGAACCAGUGAGUUGGUGGAGAACAACAUUGUGAGGGAGAGGAUGGGCAACAAGAGCACCAGCCCCCCCAGAGACCCAGACACUGAGAAGACUCAGAGAGAGGUGGCAAACAACACGGAGACUGCCUCAGGAAGUGCCCCCCCAGGCCCCAGCCGUGACCUGCUAGCCUCACUACAGUCUUUGGGAGAACACAGUGACCACACACUGCUGCCACAGACUCUACACCAGAUAGCGGAGGCCUACUCCCUGGAAGAGGAAUAUCAGUGGGCAGUGCAGUUCCUGCAGCUGGAGAGGCUAUAUCAUGAGCGCCUCCUGUCUAACCUCACUGCCCUGCAGGAAGACUGGGAGAGCCAGUGUAGAAAGUGUAACAGAGCAGCGGAGAGCACCUCACCAGGUGAAACCAACAGCAUUGGACAGGAACACAUAGAAAUACUGAGCCAGAUCUGCAGGACGCACCAGAGGCCAAUGCUUAGUGCGGGAAAGAGCAUGGCAGACACCGUGUUGAAAGACAACCACAACACCAAGGAGCAAUGUGAGAGGAAUGAGAGAGAAUCACCAUCCCACCAUGGAAAAGUCAGAGGCAGCAACCCUGUAAGACAGGGUGAGGAGGAUUUUGAGCAGACCACGUCAACAGGAGCUGACUCUGCCAUGGCUGAGGAGGAGGAGGGAGGAGUAGUGGAGGAGGGAGGAGUGGACGAGAUGGAGGCGGAAGGGCAGGAGGUGGAUGAAGAGGUGUUUGAGGAGAGUCCAGAAGAGGAGGUACAGGUGGUGGAGUGGCCAGCGGGGGUUCCCCAAGCCUCAGCCAAAGACCUGGUCAAACUCUCUCAUGUGGAGGAGAGCUCCUCACCAGAUGGCCUGGUGUCCAUUCUGAAAAGGAGGAGGGCGUCAUUAGAUGGCCUGCCCCCAGAGGGUCCCGAUGCAGCCAAACAGAACUCCAAACGCAAGGUGCGCUUCAGCGAGCCAGAGGAUGGCAUGGAACCAGAGGAGGUGGGUGGAGACUCUUGUUUGAUCCUGCUGUUGUUGUGCUUAGUAACCGUGGUGAUCAGUCUGGGCGGGACUGCUCUGUACUGCACCCUAGUGGACACCUACAGUAGUAUCUGCACCGACUUCUCUCACAACGUGGACUUUUACGUGGUCCAAGUACGACACUUCCUGGACGGGCUCAGACACUGGCUGUCCAUACGCUCAUAGUCAGCACAGUCUACCAGAGCAGUAAGGACAUACAGUCAGUCGCCUGCUGCAGCAGUAUAUGGACUUAUACAGAAGCCCACCUACUGCUACAGUCUAGGGACUCUUAUGAAACCCUAGGAGGAAGACAAGCAAAAAUAUACUGUAAGACUGGUAACACUAUUGGUUGGAGAGAAUGCUUUAGGUGAAGUCAGACACUGGCUCCCCAAACUGUCCAAGCCAGGGAAUAGAUUCACUAUCCAGUAUGAACUGCUCUAAGACUGAGACAAGAGGGAGCACCUUACCCUAGUCCCAGUAUGAAUUAGAGAAGGUCAUUGAAGUUCUGGGAUAGGGUCUGAAAUGGAGUGAACGGGCUUGUGAGCAUUGAUCUAACAGGAGGCACAGGUGCAGACAUUUUGAACUACUGACAUUUCAUAUGCAGACCAAACUGUUUCCGGAACACUGCCUCCUCUUGUUUUUGACCAGAAGUUUUUAACCUCGAGAUGGACACAGCACAAAAGAGCUCCCAAAAACACAGGAACAAAACAUAGCAUUGUAAAGUAUAUUCUAGUUGGAUUUUUUAUUUAAAAAAAUAUAGGUUUAUCUGAAUUUGUUAAGAUGUUUAUCUGAAUUUGAAGGCCUCGUGGUAAAAUUUGGGGUACAGUAUGCCAAUAAAAAAUACAUUUUGGGGAUUGAAAGGACACUUUUUUUAUUAUCAACAUUUCUGUGUUUUUCAUGACAAGUCUUCUCGACUCCUUGACUUGUCAAAUGUAGCCUACACGUUGUACAUUUUACAGCUGUUUUUGUACAUGGAGACAUGGGUUUAGAAUUGCUCUUACAUUCCUCUGAAUGUACGCAAGGUUGUUGACCACUGCAAAUGAAAGUCAUUUGGGAAGAAUGGCUCUCUGGAAUUGGCACAUUGUUAAGUCAUUUGUUGAAAACAGAGUAAUAUCAAUACAAACAUGCAUGAAAGAUACUAUAUUUAUGGCUCUUGGUAUGACAAUAUGAACUCGGUUUAAUGUUCGUACAGCAAUGCAUUUAAAUGUAGUCAUGAUAUUCAGUACUGUACUGAUUACUCCAAUAUUUCAAGAACUUAUGUUAACUUUUUUGUGCUGGUCAAUAUUGUUAUGUAUUGUAACCAUACAUUUGUCUUUUAUUCUAUGUGUCUAUUUUAAUGUAUUCAAUACAAAUCCAUUUCCUUGCUUUGGUGAAUAAACUUUUUGCUUUUUA